AUGACGAACGGAUCAGAUGAACGGUCGUCGCUGCUUCAAAAUGGCCACGCCGAAGACCAACAGAAUGAACCGGAGAUCAUCGACUUCUCCAAAGAGGACGACGAAAACCCAAGGAAUUGGCCUCGUCGGCGUAAAUUCGUCAACGUAGCCAUCAUAGCUUUCAUGGCCAUCCUAUCACCUCUAGCCUCCAGUAUGUUCACACCAGGGAUAUCGGAGAUCGCGGUUGAUCUCAACACGAGUGAUGACACCGUUGUGGGAGCUACCACCGGCUUUGUUGUCUUUCUCGGCAUUGGCCCUCUCAUCCUAGCUCCACUCUCGGAGACGUUUGGGAGGCGGAAGCUGUACCUGGUCUGCUUCUCGAUCUUUGCCUUACUUCAGAUCCCGACUGCGUUGAGUCCGAAUGUGGAAGCAUUGAUUGGGGUGAGGACGAUCAGCGGUUUCUUUGGGAGCGUGGGCAUUGCGAACGGGGGAGGCACCAUCAGCGAUAUGUUCCAUCCAAGCCAGAGAGCUGGAGUCUUCGGCUGGUACUUACUCGGUCCUCUGCUUGGCCCAACCCUUGGCCCUCUCUUCGGCGGUAUCAUAGUCCAGUACCUCGGCUGGCGUUGGAUCUUCUGGAUCCUGACUAUUGUAUGCAGCUUCAACACCGUAGUCGGGUUCUUUUUCCUUAAGGAAAGUUACGCUCCUGUCAUUCUGGAAGCUCGCAAAAAGACCUAUGAAGACUCGUCCGAGAGUGGAAGCAAGUCAUACCGCAUGGCCGGCCAAGACGACCGACCCCUCCGGUCCAAACUGGCAAACUCAAUGGCACGGCCGCUGCGCAUCUUGUUUAUGCAGCCGGUUGUAUUUACUAUGGCAGUGUAUCAGGCUAUCCUUUUCGGCACGACAUACUCUCUGUAUACGAACUUCCAAGCCAUUUACGGCGAGCUCUAUGGCUUCGACACAACUACCGUAGGGCUCAUGUACCUGGGUCCUGGUCUUGGCUUUCUGACCGCCGUCUGGUUCAUCGUCCCGAAGAUUGAUACCAUCUACAACUACCUGGCCCGCAAAAACAACGUAGAAGCGAAACCAGAGUAUCGACUGCCGCUGGCGAACAUUGGCGCCGUGUUCAUUCCGACGUCUCUGUUCGUAUUCGCAUGGACGGUCCAAUACAAAGUGCAUUUCGUGGUCCCCCUCAUCUCGACCGUCUUUUUUGGGCUGGGCCAAAUUACCAUUUUGAAUACAUGCCAGAACUACUACAUUGAUUCGUUUCAACAGUAUGCCGCGUCUGCUAUUGCUGCAGGUGCAGUAUUCAGAAGCAUUGUGGGUGGUAUACUGCCGCUUGGAGCCUCUAAGCUCUUCGAGUCCUUGGGGUAUGGCUGGGGGAUCAGUAUCUUUGCCUUCUUGAGCUUAGCGCUGAGUCCGGCACCAUUGUUGUUCUUCUACUACGGCGAAGGCGUGAGAGAAAGGUUUGCUAUAGAGUUGUGA